GGGUGGGGGGUGGGGAGUGCAUGACCCUACUGCUCUGGCAACAGGAUGCCGAGAUGCACGUUUUAUAUAAAUAAAUAAAUGUAUCUAUUUCCCCCCAUCUCCUCAGUGUAUUUCAUAAAGGAGAAUAGUCAAGUCCUCAUUCAAAGGAUGGGAAUGACUGUUGUAAAGCAAACUGUGGAUGAGCUAUUUGUGUGGAAUGUUCUGAAUCACAAAGAAGUAAACAUCAUUUACUAUGAGAAGGUCAAGCAGGAGGCUGAGAGAGGGAUCAUUCCCCUGACUUUGAAAGGUUCCGAAUCCUAUAAUCUCUUUCUCAAAUCCCUUGAAAAGUGGAACUAUCCGUUUCAGGAUUUGAAUGGACAAAGUCUUUUUCAGCAGAUAUCGAAAGAAGACCUAGAUGAUUUGUCUCAGGAUCUAAAGGAUUUAUACCAUAUCCCAUCUUUUCUGAACUUCUCUCCCCUGAGUGAAGAUAUUGAUAUUAUUUUUAAUUUGAAAAGCACCUUCACAGAACAUGUUCUAUGAAGGAAGGACCAUCACCAUCAUCGAUUGGAGCAGCUGACCCUGAAUGGUCCGCUAGACACUCUUGAGAGCCCCUGCAUCAUCAAAGGGGAACCGGGCAAAGGGAAGUCCGCUCUGCUACAGCAAAUUGCCAUGCUCUGGGCCUCGGGAGAGUGUGGGGCUCUGACCAAGUUCAAAUUAGUAUUCUUUCUCCAUCUGAGCAAGGCCCAGGGUGGGCCCUUUGCCACUGUGUGUGAUCAACUCGUGCAUAUACCUGACCUGACCAGGAAGCAGACUUUCAUGGCCGUGCUGCUGAAGCUAUGGCAAGUUCUUUUUCUUCUUGAUGGCUACAAUGAAUUCAGGGCCCAGAACUGCCCAGAGAUCGAGGCCCUCACAAAGGAAAACUACUGUCUCAAGAAUAUGGAGGUUGUCACCACCACCGAGUGCCUGAGGCACAUCAGGCUGUUUGGUGCCCUGACUGCGGAGGUGGGGGAUAUGACAGAGGAUAGUGCCCAGACUCUCAUCUGGAAAGUGCUGAUGAAGGAGCAUGCUGAAGGCUUGUUGCUCCAAAUUCAGAAAUCCAGGUGAUUGAGGAAUCUGAUGAAGAUCCCUCUCUUUGUGGUCAUCACUUGUGUCAUCCACAUGGGGGAAAGUGAGUUCUACUCUAACACACAAACAACACGGUUCUGUACCUUCUGUGAUCUGCUGAUACAGAAAAACAAGCACAAACUUAGAGGGGUGGCUGCAGGUGACUUCACUCAGAGCCUGGACCACUGUGGAGACCUAGCUCUGGGGGGCGUGUUCUCCCACAGGUUUGAUAUCCAAAUGGAAGACAUGUCCUGUGUGAAUGAGGAUACCCUACUGACAGCUGGACUCCUCUGUAAAUACACAGCUCAACGGUUCCAGCCAAAGUAUAAAUUCUUUCAUAACUCAUCCCAGCAGUACAUAGCAGGAUGCAAGCUCAGUAAUUUACUGAAGUCUCAAGAGCCAGAGGAGGUGACUAAGGAGGGUCACUUGAAGAAAAUGAUUUUCGUUUCAGACAUUACAUCCAAGUAUAGCAACCUGCUCCUGCACGUGGGUGGAUCAGCUAUGGAAGCCACCAGGACUGUUUGGAAACACCUUGCAGGAGUGUAUCAACAUGGGAGCCUCCUCGGGCUCUCCAACACCAAGAAGCCUCUCUGGAGGCAAGAAUCUAUGCAAAAUGUGAAAAACACCACUGUGCAAGAAACUCUGAAAGCCAUAAACAAUUCCUUUACAGAGUGUGGUGUUCAUUUACUCCAUGAGAGUAUAUCUGAGGCAGACCUGACUGAAGAAUUUGAAGCUUUCUUUUGUGGUAAAAGAACUCCUGAUUACCUAUUUGACUUCUUUGAACACUUGCCUAAUUGUGCCAGUGCUCUGGACUUCAUUAAACUCGACUUCUACGGAGAAGCUACAGCCUCAGGGGACAAGACCAUAGAAGACACGAACAGGCGUUGAGAAGAGUCCUCAGAAACCUACAUUCCCAGCAGGGCCCUGUCUUUGUUCUUCAACUGGAAGCAGGAAUUCAAGACUCUGGAGGUCAUACUCCGGGACUUCAGCAAGUUGAAUAAGCAAGAUAACAGAUAUCUGGGAAAGAUACUCAGCUCUGCUACAAGCCUCAGAUUGUGCAUGAAGAGGUGUGCUGGCGUGGCUGGAAGCUUUAGUUCCAACCUCAGCACCCAUGAGAACAUUCAUUCCCUCACCAUGGAAGCCAGUGCCCUCACCAUAGAAGAUGAGCAGCACAUCACACCCAUGACAAACCUGAAAAACUUGAGUAUUCAAGACCUCCAGGUGUAUUUUUUUUAAAAGAACCCUCUAAAAAACUUUCAGCAGUUGGAUUUGGUGGGAAAUUGUAUGAGCAGUGACUGUUGGCUUGCCUUCAUGAAUGUAUUUCAGAAUCUUAAGCAAUUAGGUUUUUUUUACUUCAGUGCUACGAGAUUUUUGCCUGAUGCAGCAUUUGUCAGGAAAAUUAGCCACGUGUUAUUAAAGUUAACUUUUGCGCAAGAAGCUAGGCUUGUUGGGUGGCUUGAUGAUGAUGAUAUUAGUAUGCUGGCCAGAGCUCGGCAAAUAAGACAUCGUUAUAUGAUAAUGCAUGGACCAAUGUCACCUGCAGCAGUUGGCAUCGGUGAAUUUCAGCAAGUAGAGCCAAUUCCUUUAGAACCCACAGGAAAUUUCUUAAAUAGUGUAGCAGUCAAGGUAGUGUGCGCUCUAUUUCUUCAGCAGGUCAAAUGCCUGAACAGGGUUGCAGAUGUUAAAGACAAUGACCAACUCCUCACCAUGCAAAAGCUGGGACAUGGUCACUUAUUACAGGCCGACGAUAGUUCUGCUUGA